AUGAAAAUCCAGCAAAUUUUCUUGAUGAUCAUCAACCGAGUUAUAUGAAAUUUGGUCAAACCAACGAUAGCAUCGAUAGGAGCAGUAUUUAUAUAAAAUUACCCACUUCAUUGCCUGGAACACCUCAGCUGAAUCAACGGCGACGUGGAGCGAUUCAAGUGCGUUAUAAGAAACUAUCAUGGAACGAGGAGGAUCAACGUGAUCCACGAACGAGACAAUUUCACUAUCCAGACACGCAGUCCAAGUCAAUGUUUAUAAGAAAUUCGCCUCAAACAGUGGCGGAGGCGGAGGUACAUCAUUUCUUUAGAAAAGAAGCAACCAACACCACCACAAAUAACAAUAACAACAACAACAACAACAAUGAGGAUUAUGAUCCAAAUGACAAAUAUUUCAUAUCCAAGGCAGAUAAAAACUUACGGACACAUCACCAGCAGCAGCAGCAACAGGCGGAAAAGCUGCGCCGUUCUACGGCGGCAGCCGCCACAAAAAGCUCACGGAUGUUCUGCGAACAUUGCUGUGGUGAGAGCCAACAACAACAUCAUCAUCAGCAACAGCAACGGCAACAAGAGCAAUGCCAACAACGCCAACAACAAGUUGGCAGCUCUCAGGCGUCCGCCAUGGCACAGCGGCAACAGCAGCAACAGCUGCCAUUUGGGGACUACGGUGCUUUUUAUCGCGAGCACACAGAUUCAGUGUCCGAUUUGUCGUCGUUUCGUUUUGUCUUAAAUGAAGAAGAAUCGAAUUCUAUAUUCAAUACGCGCGUAGUAGCCAAUACUAAUGAUGCCCAUAAUGCUGAUGAUAAUGUGAACGGUGAUAAUGAUGAUGAUGAUGAUAAUGACGUUGACAUAGCUGUAUCACAUACGCCACCAUCCCCUUCGUUGCCUCGAUCGUUGAUAGAAAUAGAAAAACGCCAGCCAAAAUCAUCAAAAGCUACACCAAAAGCGACACAACAACAAGACAGUGCCUUAAAAGUGGCAAAUGAAACGUCGCACGCGUCAUCGCCUGUGUCAUCCAUAAUUUGCGAUGUAUCACCAACGAUUUGUUGUUAUACAAUUGACAAAAUCCCACAGCCAUCAUCGGCAGAUCCAACGCAGCAACAACAACAACAUCACCACCAAUUGUCAAGGUCGCCAUCUCUAGUUAGUAGCGAGCCCGUCAUUCCUUUGCAACAUUAUCAAACUAGUGCGAUUGUUAGCUAUCGUCCGUAUAUACCGAAUGCCUGUCGUCGAUAUCCACCGCCGCCAGUUCCGCCAAAGCCGCCGCGUAGUUGUGUUGAAGUGACAGCCAGUUGUGGGUUCUAUGAUGCCGAGCCAGCUCUCAAGACGCGUCGAUUGGGAGUUCAACCUUAUCCUUUACCCUCUAAUAAGGCCCAUUUGCUUACCCCUUGUUCUUAUGGACAUGAAAGCAGCUGCUGUGACUCGACUACAGUGAAAGCUAUAAAAAGCAACAACAAAUCAUAUCAUGUCUUUGAGGGUAAUAACAAUAAUUACAAUUGUAAAUUUAGUGCAACAACAAAACCAAGAACAACAACAAGUGAUACAACACCACGCAGUCUGAUCUAUGAUCGGCACGGUCGUCUCAAGCAAGAUAAUCUUAUUAUUAACCCAUGUGACUCAGAACCGGAAACAUUACUAAGACACCGAAGACAAACAAAUGAAUCUGUAGUACGUAAAUCGCAAAGUGAAACGCGUCUGGAUGAGCCACAAUUGAAUCAAGUGAAUCCAACGACCUAUGUGAAUUCUAUAUUAUCCUUGCAUAAUCAGAAGUGCAAUCAGAAUCAAAACAGAACUCAACAGGCAACGAAUUAUAUUGUAAAUGAAUCAAAUUUUGUCUGCAAUUGUAAUCCUCAUGUGUAUGCCUAUUCAGCUGGCCUUAAUCUGGAAAAAGAGAACACAAUGGAAAAACGACGUAAUACCUUGGAUCGUUUUCAACGCCUCGGUUUCGGGCGUAAAUCAUCACCGGCUGCUGCAUCAUCAUCAUCAUCAUCGCCAGCAUCCGGUACGGAGAAACAACGCAAAACUUCCGAAAGAUCGGAGCGACUCAAAGAACUGACCGAACUUUUGCGUGGUGGCAGUACUUCACGUGCCUCAUCCACGCCGACACCACCGCCAGUGCCACCGCCGCGUAAACCUCGUGGCCUUCAUCUGACAAAUAGUUUAGAACGUCAGGAUACGAACACAAGUCAAACGUCAAUCGGUUCAUCGUCGGCAGGCGUUCAAGAUCAAUUGCUCCCAACAUCAGAGGCUACAAGUCGCGAGCCAAAGUCGAGCAGCGGCAGCGCCAGCGGCAGUCAAUUACAAAAACAGAAAACAAAUGUUGCUGGUGGUGGUAAUACACCCUCAACAGCCACACGCAUCUUUGCAUCACUCAAACCGAACACAAGUCUCUCCAACCUGGAAGCAUUUCUGUUGAGUAAUCGCGAGAAGUCUAAAUCACCGCCGCCGCCACCGCCUCCCCCGCUGUCAAAAGCAGCAGCAGCACGCACCACCGCUGCGUCAAGCAGUUGCGAUUGGAAUACACACCUAUCUAGACCAGAGUCGCGCACAGUCAGCGGUUCGUACGCACAGACAAAGGGCAUACCAUUUCGAUCGGUUUCGUUCUCUCAAAUCGAUUGCAAGUCCACGCUGAGUGCUCUGCGCGAUCGUUUGCGUCGCGAUAAGGCAGUCGAGGCGCCGAGUCCCAGUCCGACGCAUUCGUUGCAUAUGCCCAAGGAUAACGAUGAUCCUGGCUGGAUACACAUACCACUGAAGAAGACAGAAUUGUGCAUAAAUCUGAAUUACGGCCAAGAGAAAUCAUUGGAACACGUGCUGGAGGAUGUGAAUGAUUCUAUACAAGAGGAGGAUAUCUUCAAUACGGAUAAUAGCAGUUCUUCCAAUUUGAUCUUACCCUUGGCGGCUACUGCAAGCAGUGUGAUAGCAGCUCAUGCCACAAUGGAAUCACUGACUGAUACAAUACAAUCCGAAAGUGAUUGCAUCAUCAAGGAGGAACCGUUACCUAUUAUUGUCCAGCCAAAAUUAGAGAUUACCCCACCACCAGGAGCAGCAACAGGCUCAGAUUCGGUUAGCCUCAACUCGAGUGCCCCGAAUCUGGCCACUCUGAUGGAGGAACAAGUGACCUUGGAAUCGCCGCCAGGUAACUUUCUGCAGACAGCAACCACAUGUGAGAUCCCAGUGCCCGUUUACGAAUGUGCAGCCCAGGAGUGGCUGGAGACACCAGCCCAGGAAUGGGUUGAAGUGGCUCCCGAGGAAUUUGGUAUUGUGCCAGAGACCAUUCAACCACCGAUUUCCCAUGCAGCCUGUAAAAUCUCUCAAACUGAGCCACUGACCACAGCUUUGCGUAGCGAUCUAGUGCCCACCAUAUCCAUAUCGGUCACCCAUUCCUCCGAAGAGGGCGACGAGUUGGGCAGAAUUGAGCGCUCCCCAUCGCCAGUGGUGGAGGUGGCCAAGACAGCUCUGAAUACCAGACGACAGGCAUCGGAGCCAGAGCAUUGCAAGCAAUACAGUCACGAUGAUCUCGAUUUAACCAAUUUGGAGCUACGCCAUUCACUGGACACCAUUGCCACGCCGCGGCAUAGUACAGACGAGCGGCACAAGCGACACUUGGACAAGUCCACCAAACGCAAGGGCAUGUAUAUCGAUAACGCCGACUGGCAUGCUCCAGCUCCGAAUCGGGGACUUGCCCUUGACAUAUCGGUGGCCAAUUUGAAUGCCAUUAAACCGGAUUCCCCGGAUGCUGCCACACAAAUGUACAUCAAUAGUCCAGCCACCGAUGAGAUGCGUACACCGGGCUUCAAUUCAUUUGAAUUGAACACACCAGAGCUGGAGAAGGGUUCACCCUCAUGGAGUGGUGGCGCACGUGAUAAAUCGCAAUUGUUGAGCAGUUUCAGCUGCCAGAGCAGUGAGGAGAAGGACGAUGCCUCCAGCAAUGGUGGCCAUAAGAGCUAUAGCUUCUCCCGAACCGAUUCCAUUUCGGAUAACGAGUGCGAGCGUAUGGCACGUGAACGAAUCACCUCCAGUCCCACGCCCAGUGGUGACUACGAUUACAAGCGAUUCUCGAAGCGUCCGUUACGUGGUCCUUAUGGACAAAUGCUUGAGGCAGAAAUGAAGAAACCAAAUCGCAUGCAUUUCGAGGAGAUACUCGAAGAGUUGCGCGAAACCGACAGUUUUUAUUCACGUCGCCAGCGUGGCGAUGAGGCAACGCCCACGGGCUCAGCCGCAGGAGUUGGCAAUACGCGCACCAAUAUGCCACAAUAUUCAAAUUCCAUGCGUGUGCGUAAGUCAAACACAUAUCUGCCAGUGCCGUCUCAUGCACGCGCCGCCUCAACACCCUCACAAAUCGAGCAUAUCAGUAAGAGCAUGACCCCGUCGUCACCCAUGUCAGCCUCGGAGAGGAAUCUCAAAGAAGCAGCAGCAGCCUCAUCGACCCCGGCCACCUCGACAUCAACAUCAGUCUCCAGUAAGCCACAGCAGUUACAUCACAUGAAGCGUGCUGCAUCUGAGGCUCCAGCCCCCAAAGCGCAUCACAAUAAGCGCAGUCAAUCGAUGAGCAAUGACAGGGGCAGCAAUCAGCACCCACAUCCGCAUCCGCAUCAACACCAGCAUCAUCAUCAUCAUCAUCAUCAUGGGGCCAAACGGAAUUUGGAUGCAAAUGCCACAGGUGGCAGCAACAACAACAACAACAACAGCAAGUCAAAGGCCAGUGGUGAUUUAAAACCCACUCCAGCACUUUUAGCCGAAUUGCUAAAGGGUUCCAGCGAGAAUAUGAUAUCGGAGCAACGUCAAAAAACAAUUGCGGACACACGAACCUAUGUGGUGCAAGAGAUCUUUCGCAAUGAGCAAUCCUAUGUCGAAUCGUUGCAAACUGUAGUCCUAAAGUAUAUGAAAGUGUUGAAAGCUCCCGAACAUGCUGGCAUGAUUGAUACACGUACUGUGGAUGAGAUAUUCUUUAUGGUGCCCGAUAUUCUAGAGAUACAUGAAAAGUUUUUGGGUGAACUGAAGCAACGUCUCGAUGACUGGGAUAUACAACAGAAAGUGGGCGAUGCCUUUUUGGAUACGUUUUCGAAAUUGGAAGUUUUGGAGGUCUACACAUCGUUUGUGAACAAUUGUAAUCGAGCCAAAAAUGCCAUUCGAUCCAUGAAACAUCAGCGACCAUCAUUUGCCAAAUUUCUAGAGUCAACGGCACGCGAACAUAAAGGCAAAUUGACUUUGGAUAAUUUACUUAUCAAACCAGUGCAAAAGUUUCCCAAUUACGAGUUGCUCUUCCAACGCCUUAUUAAACACACAGAUCACGAUCAUCCCGAUCAGAAGCAUUUGCAGGAUGUUCUCAAGUUAGUUCACGAUAUACUCGUUCACAUCAAUUGCAAGGAGCGUGAAAUUAUGGAGAAUGGUCAACGGGAGGCCACGCUGCGUGAACUGGAAGGUGUCAUUGAGGGCAUCACUGAUUUAAUAUCACCCGAACGACAGUUUCUCCUAUUCGAUUUGGUGUCAAUGCCAUCUGGGCAAGGGGCUCGCAAAGAUCGCGGUUUCUUUCUCUUCAAUGAUUUGCUAGUCUUGACGAGCAUUAAGAAACGUAGUGGCACCAUUCGCAAACCGAAUAGCUCAAUUUGCCCGGGGACAGUGGCCACAACUUUGGAUACGAACAAGUACAAGUUUCUUACCAAGAUUAGCUUAGAUUGCCUGGAAAUUAUCAAGUCUAAGGACGAGAAUAUCAAACGCAUUGUUAACGAAAUCGAGAGUCUGGCCGAUGAUUGUGGUAAAUUGCAACAAAUCACUGAUAUCACAGUGUCCUUGAGAUAUCCGCAUCAGUAUCUGGAGGAUGCCAUACGUGAACUGCAUCGUGAUGUUCAGCGACAGCUAUCCGAACGUCAAUCGAAUGACACACAAUUGAAUAUGCUGGAGCUGACUGUCAGUUCACCAAGUGGCAAUCAAAAGUUAACAGUUGUCUUCAACAAGACGGAGAAGCGCACACAAUGGGAGGAGACCUUCAAUGAAGCAAAACAGAAACUGGCCGCCACACUUGAACGUCAUCCUAUUCCUGAAUUCCUAACAUCCAUACCAAUACGUAAGACACGAGCUGGACUCCAAUUCACGUGUGCAGCGGCCACAUUGAGUGACAAUCGAGAUGUCUGGGUCUGCAAUAGUGAUGGCUAUGUGGGCCAAGUGUGCAUUAUGUCCCUGCAUCCGGAGCCAAAUGUAACCAGUUGUAAUGGUGUCUGUAAUGCUCGUAUACUCUGUGUGGCUUCGGUGCCGGCGUAUAGUGCAGGAGCCUCAAAUCGUCGUAGUGGCAGUGCCGGCGAUCAGUCUGGUGCAGCGCAUGAUGACACCAAGGACACGAAAGCCAGCAAACAUAGUCACAGCUAUACCCAGCAGCUGCGCGACUAUCGUAAGAGCAUCUCUCCCAGUUUUCAACCUGCUUCAGCAACCGCAACGCCAGAGAAAAAGAAAACUCCGACGCCUGCUGCAAACGAUGGAACAGAAACCUCCGCCACCAAUACUAGCACCACCGCCACCAACACCACAAGUGAUACUCAGUUAGAAUUAAAUUUAAGUUCGAGCGACGAUGAGCCCGAUGCUGCCGGAACAGCUGCCACGCUCAAUAGUGGCAAUGCUCCGGUGGAACGUGUACCCAGCCCUGCUCCCUCAAUGCAUGCCCCAUAUCACGCGCAUCAGGAAUCAAAUCCUGAGGAAGGCGAAUGCAAUCAAUCAACCAUGUGGAUCGGUACAGAAGAUGGCUGCAUUCAUGUCUACAAUAGUACCGACAAUAUUCGCAUCAAAAAGAAUCGCAUCAAGAUUGAGCAUCAUUCAGCCGUUUAUUCCAUUUUGUACCUGGACAAUCGAGUUUUUGUCUCAUUAGCAAACGGUGAUAUCUGUGUUUAUCUUCGAGAUGGUGCCACAUCAUGGAAUACAUGCUCAUCACAUUGUCUAUCAAUUGGCACGGUUACAAGUCCGGUGACAAAACUACUAAAUGUCGAUGGCAAACUUUGGUGCUCCAUACAAGGAAUCAUCAAAGUGUUAGAUGUGGACACAUUGACGGUUAUUAAUCAAAUACAGAUAUCAUCGGAUUCGAAACCGAUAACAAACAUGACAGUAUCAAACAAUUAUGUGUGGAUAUCCAUACAAAACUCAGCACAUAUUAAAUGUUUCCAUUCCAAUACCCACCAACAAAUCACCGAGGUGAAUCUCGCUCCCGCCGUCAAUAAAAUGCUGUCGAAUUGCGAUGAGAUUAUACGCCAGCAUAAGGCAGCUUGUUUGCGUGUCACAUCGUUACUUUGCUGCAAAGAUCUCAUAUGGAUAGGCACCAGUGCCGGAGUCCUGCUUACCAUACCGGCUCAGGGCUAUGAGAAAGGAGCCCUUAAUGUUGUACCCACUGGCAUACCGCAUGGCCACACCGGACAUGUUCGUUUCCUGACCUUUGUGGAGACAACUGGCCUGGAGGGUUCGGCCAAUUCCUCCAGCUCCUCAUCGUCGGCAGCAGCAGCAGCGGGCCGAGAGGCAGCAGGCUCUGGUUCGGGUACCACCAGCGAUGAAUACACCAAACAGGGUUCCAUCAAGCACUCAAAAUCGAAAUCGGAAACAAAUAACACUCUUAUCAUAUCUGGUGGUGAUGGCUACGAAGAUUUCCGUAAUUCGGGUGCCAAUUCAUUGAGCGAAAUCGCUGGACGCGAGGACAGCACCAAUCAUUUAUUAAUUUGGCAAAUUUGAAGCAGAAGACGUAAAAAUCGCUGGCGGUUGCUGCUUUCCAGAUGGAAGAACAAUAACUGAUAUUGAUUCCCAUAUUGGUGGCAAAGAGUGGCAAUUGAAAGAUAGACUACCCACCGUAAAGAAAAUCAUUAAGAAAAUACAAUUGGGUUAAAAGUAGACUGCAGCGGUUUUUAUAAGUUCACGAUUUCGAAUCUCCCAGAAAACAAGAAACAAUUACAUAAUAUACACCAUAUAUGUGUAUAGUAGGAUGGGCCAAAAAACGAGAAUUUUCGAGUCUUGAGAUGGUUCAGUGUACUUUUCGAGAAUUCCUACUAAUUUUGGAUUCUUUUUGUGUUGCUAAACUAAAACAUUUAAAUUUUUUUUUGCCCUUCUUUAUUAAAAUUAUUAUUGAAGAUCGUAAUGCUAUUGAUUUAGCUGGCAGAUGCUGCGUAUACGUAAUUUUAGAGCUAGACUGGAAUAUAAUAUGAAAGUAUAAUUUGGGCCUUUCUAGCUAAAAACUCUUCAAGUAGUUCUUUUUUUUUGAGUCUCUUACCUUAAUUUGUUUGACUUGUUAACUGUCUGUGUAAAAAACUGUAAAAAAACACAAAAAUUAACUAAUUGUAAGACGGUUUUUAAAUUCAAUUUAAAACGUUCUUCUUUCACCCAAAGACUUGUCAGCUAACAAUCAUGUAUACGCAGUGUAUGCCAGGAAAUAUUCCAGAUAAACAUAACUAUAUAUUUUAAAUAUAAAUUUGAUAUAUGAUGAAGGCAAGAGUUAAGGAAGCUGAAAACUCAUGUAUUUAAGUUAAGCCAACAUUGUAAAUACAAAAAACUAUCAAGGAAAAUGUAAAAGAGUUAAGCAUUGACAGAUCCACUUCACAAGAUUCGAAAAUUCCUCCAAUUUGGUCCAUGGCCUAGUGUAUGUACAGUUAUUUAUUGGACAUUUACACCAGUCGAGAAUUGCAGCAAAAAAGAAGAAAAAAAAGCUGUCAAAUUAUUUAGUAAUAUAGUUGAAUUCAUUGCUCGAAGUUUAUACAUUAAUAGUUAUAUACUACUUAUAUUUAACUGAAUAGUUAUUUACAUGCGUUCAGGAUCUUUUGUAUUAUGUAAAUCCUUAGAAAAAAAAAAAAACUGAACUAGUGCCAAACAAAAACAAAAAACACACAACACAAUUGUACUUAUUGAGCCAAAGUCACCUUUGAGCAACUCUUUUUUUUUUUUGUUUUUUUUUCUUUGUCAUGUAUAUAUAUGUACUUAGUAUGUAUAUGGAAACAAGAAAUGGAGAUUUAAUUGGAGGUGGAAGAAUAAAUAAGCUAAAGGAACAAUUCUACAUAUAUUCCAUAUAAUCCACAUGAAUUCAAGUAUAUGUAUAUAUAUAUAAA